AUGGUCGACCCGGCCAUCCUCAACUUUUACCCUGAAUGCGAAGAGGCCCCCAAAGUGCGCGACCUAAGUCGAAGCUACAUUCGCAAGAUGACGGUGCCCGCCGGCUACGCCCACUCCCUGGAGCCCGUUUGCUGGUCGCUGAUUGCCCGUGAAGAGGAGGAAGAGGUGGAGCUGGGACCGGAAGAGGAAGCGGAAGAGGGUGAACAGGUGACUGUAGAUGGGAAGGGGCGGGAGUUUGUCUGCCGCAAGGUCUGGUACUUGUGGGUGCACGAGGACUACGAGAAGAUGUUCGAGAAGGGCCUCCUCGAAGUGCUGGAGACCUUCAAGGAGGCGGACUUUACGCCGCGCUUACUGCCGGACCCGAAGUGGGACGCCUAUCGAGAGGAGAAGAAGCGACAGUGGAUUGCCCUCAAUAAGGCGGAAAAGUUCCGCAGGAAAAGUCGCCGUCUUCCAACUGAUGAGGAUGAAGAGGACGAAGACUCGGAUGAGUUUGAGGGUGAAAAUGAUGAGGAGGAGGAGGAAGAUGAGGGGACGGAUGAGGGUGGUGGUGAGGAGGGGUAUUCGGAAGAUUCGAUCACCUCGGAGGAGGAUGUGAAGAUGGCGGAGGAGAAGAAGCUGAUGCUUAGGCCUGGCACCAGCGCUGCUGAUUCGCAACUGAAG